CCGAUAUGCUGUUAUUAAUAUAAAUCAUAUUUUGAGCCACAAAAUGGGCUUUUAUUAUGCAUCUCGUAAAUCUGUAGUUUCAUUUUGAUAAUUAUCAUCAUUGUAGUAAUACUUUUAUUCAACUAACUCCAGUUAAUGCUUGAACAAAUAUUAUUCUCUAACUUUUCCUGCGACUUCAAUAUCAGUCUAGCCUUUUCCAGGAAAAAGAAUUGUUAUUCUGACGUUUAAUAUUGUUAUAGCAUAUGUGCAGUUACAUGUGAAAUUUUUAAUAACUAUGUUUCUGGAGACUCUCAUUACCUUAUUUAGUCAAUUAUAAUGGAUUAGGGUUUUUAGUGUAAUUCUCAGCAAAAUGAUAAACAACCAUCAAUAUUGAUAAAACUGAUAAAACUCAGAAAUUCAAAAUUUAAUUUAGGAAGGUCACGAAUUCAGAAAAUAACUUUUCAGUUAUAACCAUGCAUGAAAUGGCUAAUCAUGUGCCAACUGGAAUUAGGAGAGACACCUUUUUAGCGCAAAAUGAAAGUGAGAGAAAUAUUGGGUAACCAGCAGUUAUGCAGAGGCAAGAGUCGUUGAAGCACGCAUCCCCGGUGCUUGCCGAGUAUGGCCGAUAUAUAUCGGUGGUUUACUGCCUCUACAUGACCACAAUUGUGUUUUUUUUGCUUAAAAUUCUUGAAUGCUAUAGCAAAUCAGAUUAUUUUUUUCUGAGGAAUCCAAUGGUGAUGUUUUUUGAUUACACAUGUUUAACAUGUUUUUUUACUUUAUUGUGCAGUGCCAGUUUUCUAUUUUGAGUCCAUAUGGAGGAACGGAUAGGUUUGCAUUCACUGUUAUAAUUGAUGUCUUUCGCUAUUCUUGUAAUCUAAGAACUGUGCCCUACUGGACAUAGCUGCCCUUAGAUUUGCUAAUUGUUAUACUAAUCUGUUCACUUUUUAUUGUAGCUACAAAAAUCUAGCAACUGCAACCAUCAGUCCAUUGUUCUGUUGUUACUGCAUUUUGAAAAUAUUGAGCUGAAAUUCUUAAAACCAUUAUGCCUGGAGUGGAUGAUUAAAAGUUGAGAUUCACUUGACUGCUAAAAACCGUUUCACAACCCUCAAAAUACCCCAAAAAAAUUGUAGUGAUUGUAUAAAUUUUUUUUAACAUUAAUAAAAAAGCUGGUUAGAAUUAAUUUUCAAUUAACAAUUUUAUCGCCAUAAGAUAUCUAUAGUAUAUCGUCAGAUUAUUUCUGACUGAAAACUUGAAUAUAUAUUAAAGGCAUUUUAGGUCAGUUGUUCUUCACCAGCAUUAGCUUCACUACUUUUUUUAUCAUAUUUUUAAUAUGAUUAAUUUUGUUUAAUCAACAACAGUUUUACAUAAUUUCAAUUUCAUUCAAUUUUUUGUAUAUAUACUGACUGUAAUAUUGAAACUAUAAAAUGUUGAUAUUUUCUCCUUGAGGACAGUUGUCAAAACUUCCUGUAUUUAUUACAUACGUAUCCUAUUGCCUUAGGCUAUUGUACGAAUUAUCAUACAAAACCAAUCUUUAUAUUCCUAUUAUGUAGUCAAUGUUCAACGGCAUUUAAUCUAUAUAUAAUGAUGUUGCAUAUAAAGUCACCUUAUAAAAAAAGUUCAAGUUUAUCAAAUUGUUGUGGAUUGAAUGUCUACAUAAAACUAGACAAUGUACAACCAAGUGGAUCUUUUAAAAUGCGAGGAAUUGGUCAUUUAUGUUCUAAAUUUGCCGAAAAGGGAGCUUCGAAAUUUGUUUGUUCGUCUGGUGGAAACGCAGGACUAGCUGCUGCCUACGCAGCUCGGGAACUCGGGAAACCUUGUCAAAUUUUUACCCCUGAAUCAACACCAAAAUUUAUUGUUCAAAAUUUGAGAGACUAUGGAGCUGAAGUGAUAGUUGAAGGGGAAGCAUGGGAUGAGUCUAAUACUCGAGCAAAAAAAGAAGCAGAAAAACCUGGUUGUGUUUAUGUAUCACCUUUCGAUCAUCCUGAUAUUUGGGAAGGAAAUUCAACGAUUAUUGAUGAAAUAAAAGAAGAUGUGGAUAGAUGUUCCUCCCUUCCAAAACCUGACUUGAUUAUAUGCGUCUGCGGCGGCGGUGGUCUACUCUGUGGAAUUGUUCAUGGAUUAAAAAAACAUAAUUGGAAUGAUAUUCCCGUUUUGGUUGUUGAAACUGAAGGUGCUUCUAGUUUGUACCAAUCAGUAAAAGCAGAUAAACUUGUUACUCUUCCUGCUAUUACAAGUAUAGCUAAGACUCUUGGUGCAAAAACAGUGGGAAAACGGACUUUUGAAGUUACAAAAACACAUAAAGUUGUGUCACAUAUUGUAUCUGAUGCAGAUGCUGUAAAGGCAAUUGCUCUUUUUCUGGAUGAUGAACGAAUUUUAGUGGAACCGUCGUGUGCCGCAGCUUUAGCUGCCGUGUAUAACGGAACUUUGAAAAAAUUAAUCGAGUCUGGUGAACUUCCAUCCAAUAUUAAAAAUGUUGCCAUCGAAAUAUGUGGAGGCAGUGGUAUAAAAUUAGAUAUGCUAGAAAAGUGGAAAAAAGAGUUUUCUGUGUAGUAAAUUAUUGAUUUGGUACAGCGAAAUAAUCCUUAUUCUUAUUAUCAUUCUUAGUUUUAGUUUUUCUCUAUGAUGCAUCAAUUGAUUAGAUUAUGAGGAUUCCAAACUCUUUGUGUAUGUAAAUGAUAGCUCAAAUAAUCAUAAAUUUAUUAUGUCUAUGAUACUGAUUGGACUAUUACUCAAAUUAUUCAACCAAGGUCUUUGAUAGAUUGUUCAGACCAGAAAAACCACUACCUCGUCCAUGGUUAUAUAGCUUAGUAGGGGUAGGGUAUUUU